AUGGUUUACUGCGGUCGACCGAGCAAAGGCUGCCAGAGCUGUCGAACUCGGAAGAUCCGCUGCGAUCAAACUCGACCAGCCUGCUCUGAGUGUCGAAAAUGUGGCUGGACCUGCCCCGGGUACCGCGAUGCCCUCAGUCUGAUGUUUCGAGAUGAAAGCCAACGCGUCAUACAAAAGGCCACGACGGCGGCGAGGAGAGUACAAGUCGACAAAGCAGAGGGACUGACGGCUUUGACUUCCCAUUCCACCCAGAGCUCCCCAGAAUCACACGGCGAGCCUCUUGUGUCCUCGCACGAUAGUUCAGCCAACACCACCGACCCACAGGUUGAAGAGAUUAGCUGCCCACUGCAACUACAAACGCUCCAGCCGUCCUACCAACCGACUGAAAAUGAAGCGAUAAGCUGGUUCUUACGUCACAACGCAUGGCCGGGUGCUCUGUUCAUGAUAGGGUUUGACCCAGCCGUGCUGGAUCAAUCGACCAUGUCCCGAGCCGAACUGGCCCGUAGAGCAAGCAUAUUGUCUGUGGGCAUGGCACUGCUCGGCCGGCUCCGUCAGUCUGUCCAAAUCAAGGACAGGGCCGUGCUGGGGUAUGGCCAUGCCUUGGGUCUUCUGAUGCGGGCCCUCGCGGACGAGAAUGAAUCGAGAACUGAUGCCGCGCUGUCAGCGGUGCUCUUGCUAGCUAUUUUCGAGGUCACCACCAGUCGGACGUUGGAUUCAAUCGAGAAAUGGAUAAACCACAUGCGAGGCGCCUCUUUGCUACUGGAAAUGCGAAGCCAUCAUCACCUCCAGCGCUCUGAAGGACCAAUGCUUUUUAUCCAGCUGAGAUUCCAUAUCAUUACAGGCUGUCUUCAGCGCGGACUACAUGUGCCCAGAUCCGUUCUCGAAUGUAAUCGACUCGCCAUGUGGCUGCGGCCACAGUUGGAGGCCCACUGCGACUGCAUCAUCAACAUCAUUGGGCGGUUAUCCAAUCUUCGCGCAGACAUCAUUGCAGGAAUCUUGACAGAUGUAGAGGAGAUUCUCUCCGCUGCUCUUGCGCUGAACGGAGAACUAGUGGCCUGGGCUGCAGAGGUCCCACCAGAGUUCACGUACACAGUGGUCGAGGACCCCCCGCCAAAUGCCCUCGACGGAGUAGCAUACGGCUGCAAGCCAUACUGCAAUCGAUACCACGUCUACCACGACCUCUGGGUGUCUCACGCUUGGAACCUCUACCGGUGCGCCCGCAUCCUCACCUGUGAGAUUAUCAUCACCUGCCUCCGUCGGCUCACUCCACCCCGUGAAGUCCCAGGCAAAGUCCUGCAAAGGCAAAUUGCCAUGCUCUAUAGGACCUCGCAGGAUCUGGCCGUGGAAAUUUGCGGCAGCGCCCCGUAUCACCUCGGCGCGGGAUGUGUUUAUGCCGGCAGCAAGAGUGGCAAGAUACCCGCCUCACAAACAUACAUGGGAGGGAUGCUGCUUCUUCUGCCCUUGGCUAUCGCAGCAGCCACGGACCGGCGAGGCCGCGAAAUGCGAAGAUGGGUCAUCCAAUGCCUGAGAGUGAUAGGGCACGCGAUGGGCAUCGAUCAGGCAUUUGCAGUGAUCCAAGUACUGGAGAUGGAAAGUGGACCGUUUGAAGAUCUGGAAGAGAGAGACGGAAACCUGAUAUACUUCAAGACGGGCAAGGUGAAUCGGGAUCGCAAUCGCAAUCGGGUCCUGGUUGGUGCUUGGAGUCGUAUGCUUGACGAUCAUGAUAAUACAUGA